CAAAACAAAGUUCCUAAUUUAGACGAACACCUAGACCUUUAUGUUAUAGUCGAAGAUGAAUCAUAUGCAUCUAUUGACGUUACAAAAUCUCAAAUUUCCGAAGUUUGCGGAUUUUGGGAUUCAAAUUUAUACCCGAGAGUUGACGAAUUUGCACACGACCUUAUCGUUGACGCUCAAUACUUAUAUAAAAGUUUAUAA